UCUGCCGAACCACAGAAGGAAGAGGCUGCUGCCCUCUGAGUCGGUCAAGGUGCUGCCCAGUCAUUCUGUGAGGACACCGGCAUGGGCUCCUCGGCUCCCAUCACCUUUCUCUCCUUCCUUUUCCUCCUCCAAGCUGCAAGCGCGGUGGACCCCAACAAGAAUUUCGCAAGGAUGGUAGGAAGCUUUGUCGAUUUCCCCAUCAUGAAUUCAAAAGAGGACAAUUACACAAAUUUCAUCCUGCGGUCUAAGACGCAGGGAUUGGCCCUGGCUCUCUGGCAGCCGGAUAAAUAUCUCUCGAUAAUAAUCCCAAGGUAUUCUGGAAGAAUUGCCUUGCAGAAGAGCUCCAAUACCAUCCGAAUCCACAACUUGACCCUGAGAGAUGGAGGGACCUACGAAAUUGAGGCGCAGAUCGUAGCAAAGCCUGUUCAAAUUAAGACAUACACACUGUUUGUAUUCAACAUCAGCACCACUGUAGAGCAGUUGACCAACAAUUCCUGCAACGUCAACUUGCUUUGUGAUGCAAGAACGGGGACGCCAACCCAGGUGACGUACAGCUGGAAGCAGAAAGAGUCAGGGGUCACCCUUUCUCAAAACUCCCGGCUCCAUGUCGUCUUGAACCCUGGGGAGAAGACUGUCUACACCUGUGCCGUGGAGGCUCACAGGAUCCAGAGUGCUUUGGACUUCGCGCCUUAUAAGUUCUGCAGCAAACCACACUCUGAGACUGCAGGAGGAGGUGCCCCCGGACUGCCGUCCCUCUACCUCAUGGCCAAAGCCAUCCUUGUGCCUGCUGCUGUUGCCCUCCUGGUGAUGCUGUGAUGUCCACUCUCUGUCUCUCUCGAGAAAGAGAUGGGGGAAUGUUGCUGUGGCGUUCCAGCCCUUUUGCCCGCGUGUUUCUGCUUCCCCUUCGCCAUGCGGCCUCUAAAACCUCCUUGUUUCCCUUACCACAAAACAAAAGACAGAACAGCUGGAUUAAGGUUGUGCCUGAGGCCGAAAGCUCCAUGUGGCUGCACUGCAGGGCCAGGGGCCUUUCUCAGGGUCUUCCGGUGGAGCACAACGGCUCAUUGCACGUGUCUGUUCUUGGAGAUGCCACACAGGCUUUGAGGUUCUCUACUUCCUGUUUUCUGGUCCCUGCCUCUCUUUUGCCCCUUUAGGGCAGGGUGGUACCAUGCGAGAAUGUGCAUUGUUGGGCCGGUUGUCAUUUCCCAGGAUUUGCUACUCAAUGGGAGGAGCCCGGCUGUGCUUGCAGAAGGUCCCAGAUUCAAUGCUGCCCACCUUCUGGGCAGGGAGGGAGAGAUCCUGCCUGAAAACCGAGGAGAGCUCUCUUGCCCGUCACAAUAGACAGCCUGGAGCCUGAGAGAUUAAAGGUCUCUCUAGGUGCCUGGGCAGCUUCCUGGGGUCUUGAGCCGUUCAGUAGUUCACCAAGAGAUUCAACUCUGUUCCCUGUGUUUUGAAUAACAAAAACAUCAAAAUCACACUACCUACGUCAGUUGGCUCAGCAUUGCACCGAUGAAGCUCUGAUCACCCAACCCACUGUUUUGUGAAU